AUGGGGUUCCUGAAGAAGUUUCAUACCAUAGUUGGCGACAAGUCUGCCAGCACCGAGGCUGCCUCAGUUGACGAUCCAAGUACUUUGCAAGCAAAAGCCGGUGACAAGGAAGCGGGAUAUCCAACCGCGAACGAUGUAUCAAACAACGACCCAGAGAAGCCCGCAGAGGAUGCUCAGGCCGGUGUGAAGAAGAUCGAGGCGGUCACUAUUGCCUGGAGCAAGUCGUCUGCCUAUCUGGUGCUAGUUCUCAUCUGGUUCCUCACUUUGGUCAAUGAUUUCCGAGGAUCGAUGACGUACAGUCUGAACUCAUAUGCGACAAGCUCUUUUGCAGGGCAUUCGCUGCUGACCGUCAUUACUAUCGUGGCCUCGGCCAUGGCUGGCUCCGUCUAUAUUCCCAUGGCUAAGGCGUUAGAUCUCUGGGGUCGCGCUGAGGGUUUCCUCGUCAUGAUAACAUUCUGCGUUCUCGGCCUGGUUUUGCUCGCUGCGUCCAAGAAUCUUCCGACUUACUGCGCUGGACAGGUUUUCUACUCCGUCGGCUUUGGAGGUCUGGCCUAUACAUGGGAUGUUCUUGCUACCGAUGUGACCAAUUUAAGGAACCGAGGGUUAGCUUUUGCGUUCACCUCAUCUCCGGCAUUGAUCUCUGCGUUUGGAGGAUCCAAGGCAGCUGGCGAGCUGCUUGCACACUCUACUUGGCGCUGGGGCUAUGGCAUUUGGGCCAUCCUCGUGCCCGUCUUUGCCUUGCCAAUUUACUUCAUGUUGUCUUACAACCUUCGCCAGGCGGAGAAGAAGGGCAUCAUAAUCCGGGAGAAGAAGAAGUGGGACAUAAGCCUUCGGAGUCUCUGGUGGUUCAUCAUCGAAUUUGACUUACCUGGAGUUGUCCUCUUUGCUGGUGGCUUCAUCGUCUUCCUUCUUCCCUUCACUCUGGCGGCAACGGCCCCUCACGGCUUCCAGACGGGCUAUAUCAUCGCCAUGAUUGUAGUUGGCUUGGUCCUAAUUAUUGCCUUCUGGUUCUAUGAGAUGGUCGUCGCCCCGGUGCCGUUCCUGAACUAUAAGUUCCUGACCGACCGCACCGUUCUGGGUGCUUGUCUUUUGGAUAUGACAUACCAAGUUUCAUACUACUGCUACGGCAGUUACCUCUCCUCGUUCCUGCAAGUCGUGUAUGAGUUGGACGUGGCGACCGCCGGAUACGUUGGCAACACGUUUAGUGUGGUCUCAUUUGUCUUCCUCUUCAUUGCUGGCUGGCUAAUCCGUGUGACUGGUCGUUUCAAGUGGAUUCUUUGGAUCUGUGUCCCCAUGUACAUCUUUGGUCUGGGUCUGAUGAUCCAUUUCCGUACGCCAGGAGGAUAUAUUGGCUACAUUGUCAUGUGCGAGAUCUUCUUUUCCGUUGCGGGUAGCGUGUUCAUCCUCUGCGUGCAGCUAGCUGUCCUCGCAUCUGUCGAUCAUCAGCACGUCGCCGCCGCGCUCGCUUUGCUCUUCGUCAUGGGCAGCAUCGGUGGCUCCAUCGGCAGCGCCAUCUGCGGUGCCAUUUGGACGAACACAUUCUUGAAGAAGCUUGAACAGGUUCUCCCAGCCUCAGCUCAGCCCAACCUGAUGCUUAUCUACGAAAGCCUUGUUGAGCAGCUCAGUUAUCCGGUUGGGAGUCCAACCCGGGACGCAAUUGUCCAAGCUUACGGCUACGCCCAGACUCGCAUGCUCAUUGCAGGCACCGUGUUUAUGGUUCUCGGCUUCAUCUGGGUUGGAAUGAUGCGAAAUCUCAACGUCAAGAACAUGACUCAGACCAGGGGUAACGUGUUUUAG